ACAUCCUCCUCCUCCUCCUCCGCCGUUGAUCAUCAUCAUCAGUCAUUAAGAAAGGUUAGUAUCUGUUUCACCGAUCCUGACGCUACGGAUUCAUCAAGCGACGAAGAUGAACAAGAUUUCUUGUUUCCUCGCCGUAGAGUCAAAAGAUUCGUUAACGAGAUCACCGUCGAGCCUGCCUGUAACAACACCGCCACCACUUCUUUGAAGGACAAGAAACGACUCUCUUCCUCCGCAGAUGAAUCUCAGUCUCCGGCUAAACGUCCUCUUAAAGCCUCGGUCGCCGGCCAAACGAAGAAGUUUCGCGGCGUUAGACAACGGCCGUGGGGGAAAUGGGCGGCGGAGAUUCGAGAUCCAGAGCAACGUCGUAGGAUUUGGCUCGGUACUUUUGAAACGGCCGAGGAAGCCGCCGUGGUUUACGAUAACGCUGCUAUUAGACUCCGUGGACCGGACGCUUUAACUAAUUUCUCUAUACCGCCUCAAGAAGAAGAACAAGAAGAAGAACCGGAACCGGUUAUUGAUACUAAACCGGAAAUCAACAUUACUACGACGACGACAACAACUACAUCGUGUUCUGAAUCAACUGAAGACUUCCAACAUCUCUCAUCUCCUAGUUCUGUUCUCAAUCUCCAGUCCGAAGAGGUUCAACAAAUACAACAACCGUUCAAAUCAGCUAAACCGGAACCAGGGAUUUCAGAUGCACCUUGGUGGCAUACCGGAUUUGGUACCGGUUCAGGUGAAACAGACGAUUCGUUUCCUUUGGAUACUCCGUUCCUAGACAACUAUUUCAACGAGUCACCGCCGGAGAUGUCUAUAUUUGAUCAAACGAUGGGUGGCAUGGGUCAUCAAGUGUUUUCUCAAAAUGAUGAUCUCUUUGGUGAUAUGUUCUUGGAUGGUCAAAGUCUCAACAUUGGAGAUGAGUUGAUGACAAGUUCUAGUAUCAAAGAUAUUGGUUCUAUGUUUAGUGAUUUUGAUGAUUCGUUGAUAUCAGAUCUAUUAGUUGCUUAAUGAUGAUGAUGAUUAUUAUGAUGAUGAUGAUGAGACUAUGAGAGUGAUGAAGAAACCAUCAGCA